CUGUUCCACAUAUUCGAGGCAAAAGCAACAGUUUCUGGCGGCUUUUGGCUCACUGGUGCAUUUCUUUGCAGAUAUCAAAUAGAGCGCCAUCUCGGGAAAGGCUCAUUCGGGCAGGUCGCCAAAGCUUACGACACUGUUGAGCAGCAGGAUGUCGCCAUAAAAAUAAUAAAAAAUAAAAAACCAUUCCAUGAUCAAGCUCAAAUCGAAAUACGCUUGCUUGAGAUGAUGAACAGCCAGGAAUCGGAAAGCAAACACUAUGUUGUGAAACUGAAAAGUCACUUUAUUUGGCGUAAUCACUUGUGCCUUGUUUUUGAGCUUCUUUCAUACAAUCUCUAUGAUUUGUUGCGAAAUACGGAUUUUCAUGGUGUCUCGCUUAAUCUCACAAGAAAAUUUGGACAGCAGGUUUGUUUCUGUUUUUAUUUUCUUUCGGGGAGAAGUGAUUUUUGCGUCCGUCUUUAUCCACCAUCAGUUGUGUAG